UGCCCGGGCGAUGAGCGGGGAGCGGGGGGCGCGGCGCCUGCACCGGGCGCUCCGGCAGCAGGACCCCCGAUCCUUGGAGAAAUGGUUGAAAGAGCAUGCAGAUCCCAACCUGGUCUUGCCGGAGGGGACGGCGGCAGUUCACCUGGCCUCGGGGCAGGACACCGAGGGUGCAGUCCGCUGCUUAAAGCUCCUGCUGCAGUACGGUGCAGAUCCCAACGUCAGAUCGUCUGAGGAUCUCACACCGUUACAUGUCGCUGCCUCGUGGGGGUGCAUCAAAUGUUUGAAACUGUUGCUUCGAAAUGGAGGGGAUCCAACUCUCCUGGACCAGAAUGGACAGAGUGCUGUGGACUUGGCCAGGGAGCACGGAAAUGUCAGAUGCUGCCGGAUCCUACAGGAAUAUCAUGACUACAGUCUGCUGGAGGACACGGAGGACGAUGUGCCAGCUUUCCGAUACGUGGGCUUUCGAAGAGUGAGCUGUGGUGUUCGUUCCUUCACCAAUGCGCCCGACUUUAGUAUCACUGACCCGCACAUGACCUCGGGUCUCCCCGGAAAACCUGCAGAAUCUGAUGCAGUCAGCAGAACGCGAAAGUCCUUGUCUGAUGGUCAGUGGGAGUUUGUGUCUUCUGCCAGUGGAACUGGCCGGGGACUGAGCUGUCACUCUCUGACAAACGGCUCCGUGGGUGACCCUUUGGGAGAAGUCACAUCGGUCUGGUCUCAGCCCCGGGGACAAUCCACAACAACAAAGCCACAGAGUCCAUGUAGCCCCAGGAGCAUUCUUGGAGAUGGUGGUGAAGAGAACAUUGUUGGUGAAGCGACAGAACUUCUUGCCAGUUGUGUGUUGUCAAGUACCCGUCUGCCUACCUUUGGGAAGUUUGAAGAGCAGACUUGGAACGGAUUGGUUUCAGUGGCGGACACUGUGGCAGACCAUACUCCAUCGGACCAAGACUUAACCCUCCAGGAUGUUCUUGGAGCUGCUCCAGUACUCCCUCGGGGCGUGAACCAUGGACAGAACACUUCAUUUGAUAACGAGAGCUUUCUGCCUCCGUCUGCACCAGGAGCCCCCCUCCCUGGGAACCAUGGGUCAGGUACCUCAACCUGUUCUUGCCCUGGAACCCAGCAAUUCCCAGCGGAAUGCCUGUGUGGUCAGCAAGCAUCGGCUGUUUUACAGGAAGAGAAGGAAGUUUUCCAGGGUGGUGACCCCACCGGUGUCACUGAGUGGCUCUCUGAAUUGGAUUGUACCUGUUCUCUGACGGAGAGAUCCCAACCCAGUGCACCUCCAUUGAAUGCCCAGCACACAGGGUUGUUAGAUUCUGAGCUUCUAGUGAGACUGCCCAGGGACAAAGGCAUUGACGUGACCUCCCCAGACCAUGUCUAUGAAUUUUCACACUCAAAUGUGACUCUGUUACUGGAUCUGGAUAGACCCACUGUGGUUGUUGAAACUGGCUCAGACCACCCCCUGGUCUCGGACAAUGAUGACUCCCCGCUGCGUGUUGAAUUCACCCUGCCUGAGGACGAUGGCUCUACCUCUGGAAACAGCCCCUACCACAGCUGUGCAAGUGGAUACGAGGUUUUCACCAGUGUGAUGGGAAGCUUCAGCCACGUAUGCCGGCCACAACCAGAUUGGGACGAUCCAGUGAUCCCAACAGACGAGGGCUAUCCCUCAACGUCACAGAUUCCUUCAGCCGGUCACUGGGGUGCUUCUGCUUCAAGGUGCCCGAGUGGGAUGGUACCGGAGCCGCCCCACCCCAUGCCGAGAUGCCAUGCUUCCCAGGAUUGCCCAGACUCCAGGCAGACACUUCUGUUCGUCCGGUUCAGUGAGGAAAGUCCGGGCCACUCCCUGUUGUCAGGGGGUGUUACACAGUCCGUGUGCACUCGACAAAGUUCCCAGCCUUGUACAGCAGGCCACCUGUACGGUACUCCAAGCAACGAGGGGGUCACACGGAGCUUGUAUGGGGGACUAACCUGCACCAAAGGUCGUCGGUGCCAGGAGGAGGUGAUGCCAGUCACGAAAGACCAGGUGAUGCUUGGUGAUGGAAGUGGAUCCGACCCACCGUCGAGCCCAGCCAGGGGCACUGAGGACCAGAGUCGGCUGCGGGGGCAGGAGUAUCAGCCAGUCGGAGAGCCUGUGUCCGUCAGAAGUCGGGUGAAAGCAGAGGGUGUUCCAGGUUUCUUGAUGCAUUCCACCUCUUCUGUCCAAGCAGAUCAACCAAGUCAUGGGGCAUCACUCAGCCAGGGGCCAGAGAGCAGGGGGCCAGCACGCUCGGGCCAAGCACAUCCGUCAGGGUUUGAAAAGAGAUCCAAGAACAUCAAGUCUUCCAAGGGAGGGCGGUCAUUGGUGGAGGAGCAAAGGCUGUCGCCUUUCGUUACUGUACGCACCAAGAACCGGUUGGCCAACUUGACAUCGCAGAUCCGUGAGUCUUUGCUCUUUGAGCAGAGCGUUCCCAUGCCGACCAGAAUUAGGAGAGUCCGUAAGCAGCAGGAUGCCGGGACUCUGUCCGACUGGUUCUCCCACGACAGCGUGUGUCAGGGUGACGAGGAUGAAGAUCGUUCACUCCCCCUUGCUCGCUGUUCAGCUGAGGAAGAUGCAGCCUCGGACACUGUUCCCUUUGUCUGGUGUGACCAUUACGGGGCAGAGAACAGACAGGAAACGCAGUCAGCUGCCUCUGACACUGUCCCAUUUGUCAUCCCUCGUCCCAAAGAGAGAGAGGCCGGAGUCUUUCCACGGUCAAGCGACGUGGCUGGUGAUAUUCCGAGUCUCCAGAUGGAAAGUGUGGCCAGCAGUGGGGAGGAGACCCAGACUCCACCCCUCCCUCCUCGGGAGAGCCCUGUCGAUCCAGCAGACAACUGUACGGAAUCGCUGGCCGGCGGAUGGGCAGGGACAGAGCUGCCUCCAGGGGUGAGUGGUGCUGGUGAGGGUAGCCACAGUGUCCCAGCACCGGAAACCACUGUACUGUUGUCUCCUGCAGAUAAGGUGUGGACACGGCUGAAGGUGGCACACAGCUCCCACACCAGUGGUCCAGUGGAGUUACACAGUGCUCCUGGUCACCCAUCCUCGCUGCGUCUGAGCCUGGCGCCAGUCUCUGGGGAGCCCAAUGCUCAGAGAGAGGGCUGUGCCCAGAACUGCAGAGUGUCUGAAGGCAGCAGGCUAGAGGACCAUAACUCCCAGUCAGAGGACGGGACAAAAACGCCUCGCCGUUCCCCAGGGCCCAUGGAGAACCUUCUGUCCCACACCGAGUGGCAGAGCCCGCUGAGUGAUUCCCCAGUGGCGGUGUCACCUUGUGGCCAUCCUGUCAGCUGUGGAGCGGGUGAGGCAGUGGAGUACCUGUACACUGAUGCUGAGGGCUGCGCUGCCCUGAUCGAGUGCUGCUUCCCCUGCAGGGACACCAGCUACCAGGACCUGACUGCCCCCAGCUCUGAGGAGACCGUCAUCUAUGACUGGAAGGCCUACCAAAGCGCAGAGGUCAGCUCCGAGGACAAGGAGAACCUCUCACUGAGCGACGAGUCGCCCAAGCUGUCUCCUCGCCUCCACCUCCUGUCCAACAGGCAGAUCCUGAGGCAGCUGCGAGAGUGUGGGGAGGACCCUGGACCAGUGACGGACCUGACCAGGGGUGUUUACCUGCUCCGCCUGCACCAGGUGCAGAAGGAAGCCCGUCCCCAGAGACAGCAGGCAGCAGGCUAUAGCCCUGAGCUGGCUCAGAGUUUGGACAAGUUUCUCUUCCCAGACUGCAGUGAAGACGAAAUGGCAGUGGUGCAGCAAUUUGAUCAGCCAGACCCAAGGCGCAGGUGGAGGGAAGGCAUCGUCAAAUCCAGCUUCAACUACCUGCUGCUCGACCCCAGGGUGACUAAGAACCUGCCCAUUCGCUGCCACACGCUGAGCCCAGCAGAAUGUUUACGUACGUUUGUCAGCUCCAUCUUCUACGUGGGUAAAGGCAAGCGAUCGCGGCCGUACUGCCACCUCUACCAGGCACUGACGCAUUUUAAAAGUGGAAAUCAGCAAGUGAAUGCCAAGCUGAAGCACAUCCUGGACAUCUGGAGCAGCGGACAAGGGGUGAUCUCUCUGCAUUGUUUCCAGAACGUUAUCCCGGUGGAAGCGUACACUCGGGAAGCUUGCAUGGUCGAUGCUCUGAGCCUGCAAGUGCUGACCAAUAAGAAGCGUGGGGACUACUACGGUGUGGCUGCCACCUGGCCCCUGAGACGGAGGCGGAGGCUGGGAGUCCACAUGCUGAGGCGUGCCAUGGAGAUCUUUCUGGCAGAAGGCGAGAGACAGCUCCGUCCUGCUGACGUCUAGAUGGCUGUUGGAGGGGCUGCUGCUGCAGAAGGUGUGGAGGAGGCUGAGGGUCCCGGAGUACCUGAGGACCCCCCUCUCCCUCCCCUCCCGGGCACUGCCCCCCCCCCCCCAGGGUCUGGGGGAGACAGAGCUGCAGCCAACGUCACCUGCUCCGUCAACCCUUCCCACUGACAAACCUUGCCCACUGCGUCUCGCCAUCCCGUCCUUCCUGGGAUCCUGCACAGUCCGGCCAGCCCCUCCCUCGGUGAGUGGAGGGGAGAGGGGUCAGCCCCUCCCUCAGUGAGUGGAAGUGGGGGUGCCAGGGUCUUUGACUGCUGGGAAGGGCAGGUGGGAACAUUCUUUGCCUUCUGCUAACAUUUUAACAUUCACACUAACAUUUCAAAAUGCGGCCUUGUUUAUUCACGGGACACUACUGCCAUUACUGCCCCAGAACUGAGAGGUUUGUUGGGCCACUUCAGAGGGGAGGUGGGUCUGAAGCUGCCCACGGCUGGUCUGGGGAAGGAUCAGACGGUUCCCUCCCUGGAGUACGUGCGGGAGGCAAGUUGGUUUCUGGAGCCGUCCAACAGUUCACUGUCCCUGUCAAUAAGUCAACAUUUAUUGAGUGCUGGGUUUAGCCGCUGGGGUGGGAUUGGAACAUGUCUUUGGGGGAUUGGUCCCGUCCUAUGGGAUCACUAAUGGAGGAACAGCCCUGGGCCCCUCUGUUAACUGCCGGAGUUCCUGAUCUGAGCCCACUGCUUCCCCAGAUGUUUCUACCCGUGAAUUCAUCAGGUCCGACUCAAUUAAACACGCAUGUUUACCAGCUGAAUGCAGGUAGUGUGCACACAGGGCCCUGCUGGUUACAGUACUGUCUCUGUGUGUCCGUGAAACCCCGGCAGCAGGAGAAACGGCUGAUGUUGUCAAACCCCGUCUGGCUCCCUCCUGCCGUCGCUUGGACCAGUUUAUGUGACUCCAGACUGACUCCCAGCACACGCUGGGGAUGAACAGAUGAAACACAGGACACUUUAUAAUUCCGGGGAAGAGUGCAAACAGUAGAAGAGACUUUUCCCCUCUCGCCUGCACCUUGUGGGACUGGAAUCAUUAGGUGCCCAUUUCUGGGUCCGAUCCCGAGCACCCUCUCCCCGUCUGUCAGCCAGAGACGAGCAGCAAAUUCGACAAGUGGCGUGAGGUGAGCCUGGCGUCCACAUUCUGAAGUGGAAGCUUUGUGAUUUUUCCUCUCCCCACCCAGGAUUCAGUGAUGUCGGGGUCUAAUGACAGCAACGGGCUCAUCACUUGCAGUCAAUCCUCGGACCUUCCUGUUGUGGCUCUGUGAGUUUGCUGGCGAUGGGAACUCCCAAAACCCCGAUGGUUUUCCUCUCCCUAGCUGCCGAGGGUGAAGUCCAACCGGUCACUGACGGCCAUUGCUGGCACUGACCACAGCUGCUGCUCUUUUGCGAACAGCACUUUUAAAACUGUAUAAUAAUUUUUUUAAAAGAUUGUAUUUUUGAGAAAGCAACUCGCGCACUGGCUAGGAUGUGGUGUUAGACACGGCUUUGCCUGCCGGUGACGUGUGUGCCGUUUAUGGAUGGUCCUGUGGUGCAGCGGGUAGUGCUGCUCCCUCACGCCUCCAGUGACCCAGGUUCAAUCCCGACCUCUGGUGUUUGCAGGUUCUCCCUGUGACCGUGUGCCCUCCCCAGGGAGGGGGUAGAUCUGCUGAACCCCACUUUCCAAAGGUAAAGUGCCCCCUGGUAUAGGUAGGCGUCAGAAAAUCAAGGGUUGUUAAUGGGCAUUAGGAGAGAAUGGGGGGGGGGGGUGUGGCAGUGAGACUGGGCUAGCAUGGAGUUGAUGGCUCAAUGGCCUUCAAGGUGAUAAGUAAGUGUGAUGAGGGUAGUUCACGUUGCUCUCAGUCACCAGCUGCUGAGGAGACGCAGAGCGGUGAGUUCAGCCGAUGUCACGGAAACCUCCCGGUGUGGAUCAAUCCCAGUGGAUCAGGCGUCAUGGUUGAAGCAAAGUGCUCUGUGCCUGACCUCAGUCUCCCGUCCCUCCCUCCCUCCCCCCCCUCCCCCCCCCCUCCCGCCCUGUGUGAGGGCAGUUAAACUCUUGUCCGUGCAUGGCUUCACCUUUCCCCGUCCGUGACACCCUCUCCCAUCUCUCUGCCCCGUCGAUCACCCCCACAUUUACUCAGUAUGGAGGGCAGCCACUUGGCCCAUCACUUCCCUCUGAUCCUCACCCCCACCUACACUAGGUGCAGUUUACGUUAGAACGAGGGAGGAACCAAGAACCCUCGCCGUCACAGGGACAGCGUGCAAACUCCACACCCUCAGCACCCAAGGUCAGGAUUGAAUCGGGUCUCUGGAGCUGUGAGGCAGUGGCUCUACCCACUGCAGCCUGGAGGUUUGAUGCUGUCAGCGUGGUUUCCUCUUCACGCCCUUUCAAUUAGUUCAUCAAAUUGUCCCAGAGAGACAGCUCAAACUUUUCGCUCUUUCCUGUUAAUUGUAGACAUUCUGUUCUAGAAUCUUCCGAAUGGUAUUGUUCUGUAGUUUGUAGAUCCGGAUAUUUACAAAGUACGGGUGAGAAUUCAGCUCGGGCAGCUUAAUCCAUUGAACACAGUAGGAGAAGCUGUGUCUUUAUUACACUUGUAAUAACUGUGGUACAAAACUGGUCACGGAUUCAUUGCUUCAGAUUCCAUACAUUGAGGUUGUUGGUUCCAGUGUGCUGGGUCAGUGAGCAUUCCCGACGGGCAUUAACUUUUUCACAAUCAUCAGAAUAUCUGUAUAUGCUCUGUACAAAUAUCGAUAGUGAAUCGGCCUGGGGCAGGUUCAAUCUGACAGGUCUCUCCCAUGUAACAGAGAGAUCUGGGGGCAAGUUUUUCACUGGGAGGGUGGUGGGUGUAUGGAACGAGCUGCCAGAGGUGGUGGUGGAGAUGGGUACAAUUACUGCGUUUAACAGGCAUUUGGACAGGUACUUGGUUAGGGAAGGUGUAGAGCGAUACAGGCAAAUGGGACUGGUGUAGAUUGUCGGCAUGGGUGAGUUGGGCCGAAGGGUCUCUCACAUCACCGAUCACAUUGACGUGACUGGUGGAGAGAGGCUGCUUGGAGCAGUGGUGAUGGCGAGGUUUUACAGAUUCUCACACUUGCUCGGUGAUGUGAGAGCCUGUUCCCCACAGCGGGAGGGCCGGGAACCUCGCGAGGGAUGAGCAGGAGAUGUACUUACACCGCAAGCUGUUGAGAUACAGAAGGGCAGGUUCGGGAAAUCAGCAGAACCACAUUGACCCUGGUCUAAAUUGGACCCCUCAGGCUGAACAUUCCAUCGUCAGGCCCGAGGGACUGGGGUCUCGUGUGGGGAGGGGUAGAGACAGCUGGCACAGGAAUCCCACUGGGAGCUGGUCCCUUCCCACCACCUGCUGGUGCUGACCUGAUCUGUGGAUCUCUGGCAGACUGCUGGCAUCACUGCAGUGCCACACGUACACUGGUGCUCUGCUGCCCAACAGUGAGGAGCCCAAGUCUGACAGAAGGGGCAUGGGGGGUCUGCUGCCCAACGGUGAGGACCCCAGGUCUGACAGAAGGGGCACUGUAACCCAGGAAUUUAAAUUGUUAACUGGAGCAGGAAAAACAAAAGUAGAAGCAUGGGUACUGGGUAACUGUAGAAACGUUGGGUCUGAUGAUGUUCAGGGAAAGAAGCCUGUCCUGGCCCAGUCCAAUCUGGGUUCACCCAAUUGAUUUCUGUUGGGAUUAAGCAGACCGGGCCUGUACUACUGUGUUUAGAAGACGGAAAACCUCCUCAGAGCACGUAACAUUGCUGUGGAGUUUGACGGGGGCUGAGGCAAGUCUGUGCUCCCCUUCAAUGUGAUAGAAACAAGGACCACAGUCUCAAAAUCAGGCAGCCAUUCAGCCCCUCAAGCCUACCCCACCAUUAAGUCAGAUGAAAUCUGAUCUGAGUGUCAAUGCCCCCUUUCCACACUCCCUGUAUCCUGAAACCCCCUGUAGCUCAAAGGUCUGUCUCAGCUCACCAUUGACGUUAUUAUGUGACUCUGCCUCAACAACUCUCGGGUGGAGGAUUCUUCAGAGUGACAACCCUCAGAGGGAAUGUCUCCUCAUGCGUCUCACACUGGUGACCCCUUACUCUGGAAAUUCUGCCUCCUAGUUCUAAAUACGCCACCAGGGAAACAUCCUCUCAGCAUCCAUACUGUCGAUCUUCCUCAUCUGUCAAUAAGGUCACCUCCCAUUCUGCUGACUCCGAGUAUAGACCCAACCUCAAUCUCUCUUCGCAUUUCAACCCUUUCAUCCUAGGAAUUAGCCCAGUGAGCCCUGUCUGCACCAAUUCCAGUGCACGAAAAUUCUUCCUUGUACAUUGAGACCAAGUUCUACACAGUCUGGCAGCGCCCCCGGUGCGGUCUUAGCACCCUGUAAUGUAUCCUGUAGCCCAUGCAUCAAUUCCCUUCACCUCCAUAAUCCCUUACCGUACCUCCAUGCUAACCUGUGCUUCGUGCACUGGGACCCCCGAUCCCUCUGGACCCCAGUAGUGUUUUAAUCACAUAAAUCACUACUCUCUUCCAUUCUCAUUUCUGGCGAGGUGACCCAUUUCCCAACGUCCUCCAUCCACUGACCUCACCCUUUCACUUCAUCCAUCUCCCUCGCCUUCCAAUCCUCACAACCUGCAGACCCAACUCCUCUGGUACCAUCACACUUGACUCCAGCACAUCCGGUCCCUAUGUCCAAGUCAUCGGCAUAGACUGUCCAGAGAUGGGGCCCCAGCACUGUUCACUGUGGCUGCCCAGCAAUUACUGAUCACCAAUCCGAAAAUGACCCACUUAUCCUGUGAGUUAGCCAUGCGAAUUCUACUAUCCAAGUCCUUUUAUAUGUGACUCCAGGCCCAUAGAUAUGAAAUUAAAUCCAGCCCUCAGAAUGCAACAAGGAACUAUAACCUUCCUGGCACCACGAAUGAGCCUUCAACACAUAGACUAGGCUGGUUCAUGAACUGCCAACUAGGGACUGGCAAUGUGCCAUCUCCCAGUAAUGUAGCUGAGGAACGGCUGUUCCACUGUGAGCUGCAUCACACAGUUUUCUCCACAUGUAUCAGGAGGACGGGUCGACUGAGUGUCCCUUGGGCAGGCCACCAACACCAGUGGCAGUGGGCUCGGUAAUCAGCAGAGGCACGGAUCAAACCUGGUGCUUAGAGAUAAAAUGAGGCUGCUGGGAGGACUCAACAGGUCGGGCAGCAUCUGUGGAGAGAGGAGCAGUGAAUGUUGCAGGUCCAUCACCUUCCACUGAAAGUGGAAACGUGAGGUAGAGAGUUUUAAGAUGCGGAGAAGUGAAGUCUCAGAUCGAUUUGCUGCCAUUUCCACUUCUGUGUGACCCCCGCCCGCCCCCCCCCCCCAACAGUCCUAUCCCAGGGAAGAGGACAAUGAGCCAUAUUCACCACUAACUCCCACCCAGACUUCAGUAAGACUUCCACUGCUCUGCUGUAUGUUUCCACAAUAUUCUGUUUUCAAUACAGCAUACACUGUAUCUUCUUGCUGCUGGCUGAGAGGGUGGGUCUCCUGAAAGAUCAGCAUGGUUGUCUGUGUGUGGAACCAAAGGAAAUGGGGGAGGUUUUUAGUGAAUAUUUCUCCUCAGCUUUUUACUGUGGAGAAAAUGAUGAAAGCUGAGGAAAUGGGGAAACGUGUGGUGAUGUCUUGGACCACAUAGCAUUAGCAGGGAGGUACUGGAGGCCUUAAAGUGCAUUAAGGUGGAUAAAUCCCCAGGACCUGACCUGGUGCAUUCGGGACCUUGUGGGAAGCUGGAGAAGAAAUUGUGGAGGCCCUUGCAGAGAUUGCUGCUUCAUCUCUGGCCACAGGUGAGGUUCUGGAGGACUUUAAAGCGGCUAAUGUGGUGCCAUUGUUUAUAAAGGGGAGCAAAAGCAAACCAGGAAACUACAGGCUGCUGGGUCUGACAUCGGUGGUGGGGAAAUUGCUGGAGGGGAUUCUGAGGGACAGGAUCUACCAACAUUUGGAGAGACAGGGUCUGAUUCGGGACAGUCAGCGUGGCUUUGUACGUGGGAAAUCGUGUCUGACAAAUCUCUUGGAGUUCUUUGAGGAGGUAACCCAGAGGGUAGAUGAGGGUAGGGUGGUGGAUGUUGUCUAUGUGGACUUCAGCAAGGCCUUUAACAAGGUCCCUCGUGGCAAGCUGGUCUGGAAAGUUGGAUCACAUGGGAUCCAGAAGGGGAUAGCGGAUUGGAUUCUUAAAUGGCUCAGUGCUGGGAAGCAGAGGGUGAUGGUCUGUGUCAAGUGGUGUACCACAUGGGCUGGUGCUGGGACCUUUGUUUGUAAUUUGUUUAAACUAUUUGGAUGUGACCAUACAAGACAUGGUUAGUAAGUUUGUGGAUGAUACUAAAAUAGGUGGUAGUGUAGAGGGUAUGAAAAAUUACAGAGGGAUCUUGAUCAGCUGGGAAUGUGGGCUGAGGAUUGGCAAAUGGUUUUCAAUCCAGAUAAAUGUGAGGUAUUGCACAUUGGGAGAUCAAACCAGGGUAGGACUUGUACAGUGAAUGGUAGGGCCCGGGGGACCUAGAACCGCAUGCAUACUUUGUGGUCUGCCCCCGGAAAACUCUACGCAAAAGAUGCAUUUCACUGUGUGUUUCAAUGUACAUGUGACCAAUAAAGAUUCUGAUAGUUUGCUGAAAGUGGCGUCACAGGUAGACAGGGUGGUGAAGAAGGCAUUUGGCAUGCUGGUCUUCAUCGGUCAGGGCACUGAGUAUAGGAGUUGGGGAAAUUAUGUUACAGUUAUUUAAGAUGGUGAGGCCUCACUUGGAGUAUUGUGCACAGUUUUGGUCACCCUGUUGUCAGAAGGACGUUCUUAAACUAGAAAAAGUGCAGAAAAGAUUUACCAGGGUGUUGCCUGGACUUGGGGGCCUGAGUUACAAGGAGAGGUUGUGUAGACAAGGACUUUAUUCCCUGGAAUGUAGGAGAUUGAGGGGUGACCUGAUAGAGGUGUACAAGAUCAUGAGGGGCAGAGACAGGGUGAAAGCACACAGUCUUUUUCCCAGGGAGGGGGUGCUAAAACCAAGAGGGCAUAAGUUUAAGAUCAGAGGCAAGAGAUUUAAAAGGGACAUUAAGGCGGGCAUAUUGGCAACGUUUGAAAGCCAUCUAGAUAAGUCCAUGGACAGGAGAGGUUUAGAGGGCUGUGGGCCAAACACGGGCAGAUGGGACCAGCUCGCUGAGCAGCACAGUCGGCAUCGACGAGUUGGGCCGAAGGGCCUGUUUCCGUGCCGUAAAUCUCUGCGCCUCUAUAAUUGACACUGGCAAACCUCCCAUCCAAACACAUUACAAACUAACUGCAGAGCGUGUGACCACCCCUUGUGCCAACAUACCCACAUCUUUUAAAACAAUGCAUGGACUGCAAUGGAAAUAUGUGGAAUUGAGGUCCCAAACUUUGUCAGCCCCCAACCCCAAUCCAAGGUUACAGUUUAUCACACGGAGAUCUGAACCAGGUCCCUACGGCCAAUUUCAGUGAAAGCGCAUUUAAUUUUUAACCAGUUCGCGUUGAAUGCCAAGCAAUGCAGUCAUAACCUCGUGAUAAUUAGUUCAGCUCCCUCUAACCAGAAGUGGUUCACAUUUCCAUCUUUUUUUCUACUUUACAAAUAACGAUAAUAGUAAAGUAAUUCAAAGAUGUGAAUUGAGAGGUUCGGUGUGUUUAUGUAAUAACAGAUACCUGGGAGUGAGUUACAGGCUAAAAUCUAAUGGGGGAGUUAAUGAAUUAGACGCUGGGAUGUAAUUAAAGGAGUGGGGGUGGGGGGUGGGGGGGGAAGUGAGUGAGAGGCUGGGAUCUAAUCCAGGGGGUUGGGAGUUUAUAUAUAGAACAACAGAUCCCCGGGAGUGAGUUACAGACCAGAAAACGUGGAAUGUGUUCCCAUUGGAACCUUGCCAACAGAAGCUAACGAUGUGAACUGUGAAGACCAAUUGAAACUAACACUUGAACAUCCAAAUCAGUAACUCCGAUGGAAGUCCUGUGCAUCCUUAAUUUAUAUAAAAUAAUAUACACGAGGGAAUUAGCAGGAUUCGAUAUAUUCCAUAUUAUCAUACAUACCAUGUAAUAUAAAUAUUACACAAUAGCACUCACUGUAAAGAUACUGCUGAGAACAGCACAGCUCGUCAGGUACUGGCGGCAGUAACAAGGCGGGGCGAGCAGCCUUCACCCAGCUCAGUGUUGUCUGGAGGGACUGCGCUCAUGGAUCCUUCCGAUGGACAGCUGUCUGCCCACUUGAAGUCUCCCCCGACUCUGGUGAUGAGUCGGGACCGGCAGAGCUGAUCCAACCAACGACCCCACGGGCUUGCAGCGGCGAUACGGACAAAGGGAAGCCGACCCCCAGCUUGAGGGAAGGUCACAAACUCCCGGGAAACGUUCUGCGAAUUCCUCACCCAACACGCAAAGGUCGGAACAACCAAUGACAAGCUACAAAUCCCGGUGUGUCAUUGGGAGCGGCCUCGGUACAUUCACCGUGGCCUCCGCUCUUGGCGUGACAGCCCCACCCCACCCAGGUUGUCGCCUGACACACCGACUCUCCCUGCGCCCCAUCACAGCCCACUGGAACCCAGCUGUUACCUGCAUAUCAGUCAAUUGUCCCCGUCUGCAGAACUUCUUGUAGUAAAUGACAGUGUUUAAAAAAUACACCGUUUAUUUAAUGAUACCCAUAACUUUUCUUCAGAAUUGUCCUGGAGUUUCUAAGUCAAUCUGUCAGGUUGGAAUCUCCAAUAAACACUGUCGGAAGCCCGGCUCUUUCUAAUAA